AUUAUCGCGCGCUGGACAUGGGUAGGAUUAGGCCUCGGGAGUUGUAUUGUAGAGACGACUGGAUAGUUCAGGCAAUUACAGUGUCUGCUGACCCCUGAAGUCUGAGUCCCAGAAGUCUGCAUCCAUUCUGAGCUAGAGAGUCCCAUCUUGCUCUAAGAUGCCAACCAUCAUUGGUUUUGAAGGGAGCGCCAACAAGAUUGGUAUCGGGAUUGUCAGGGAUGGGGUUGUACUAUCCAAUCCUAGACAUACCUACAUCACACCACCAGGGCAUGGAUUCAUGCCACGGGAGACUGCCAAGCAUCACCGGGCUCAUGCUAUCGAGAUUUUAAAGAAGUGUAUGGAUGAGGCUGGGCUGAAACCAGAAGACAUCGAUUGCGUUUGCUACACCAAAGGACCAGGUAUGGCAGCGCCACUAAUUUCCACCGCCGUUGUAGCAAGAACCAUAGCUCAGCUGUGGGACGUUCCCAUCAUAGGCGUCAACCAUUGCAUCGGGCAUAUAGAAAUGGGGAGGCUGGUAACUGGUUCCCACAACCCGACUGUGCUGUAUGUCAGUGGGGGAAACACCCAGGUAAUUGCCUACUCCCAGCACAGAUAUCGUAUCUUUGGUGAGACCAUUGAUAUUGCCGUGGGGAACUGCCUGGACAGAUUUGCAAGAAUUCUCAAGCUGUCAAAUGACCCAAGUCCAGGAUACAACAUUGAACAAAUGGCAAAGAGAGGAAAGGUUUUCAUAGAGCUGCCAUACACAGUCAAAGGAAUGGAUGUCUCCUUCUCGGGCAUUCUCUCCUACAUUGAGGACGCUGCUCACAAGCAGUUGAAGGCUGGAAAGUGUACACCUGAAGAUCUUUGCUUCUCUUUACAGGAGACAUUGUUUGCAAUGCUUGUUGAGAUCACGGAGCGAGCCAUGGCCCAUUGUAGCUCCAGUGAGGUUCUUAUUGUCGGAGGAGUCGGCUGCAAUGAGAGAUUGCAGCAGAUGAUGCGGGACAUGGCGGAGGAGCGAGGGGCAGUGGUGUGUGCGACGGAUGAAAGGUACUGUAUUGAUAACGGAGCCAUGAUAGCGCAGGCUGGUUGGGAGAUGUAUCAAUCAGGCCAGCGGACUCCCCUAGAGGAAACAUGGUGUACACAGAGAUUCAGAACGGACGAGGUGGAUAUCACAUGGAGAGAAUGAGUGUCAGUGCUGAGUGCAGACAAGACAAUGAGUAGGACCACCGUUGUUGCAUACAAGGCUUUUGUGGCACAAGCUUGACUUCAUGCACGGUUACCACCUCAUUGAUGCCAAAGAGAGUUACGACAGACACUGGAACGCCAUUGCCACUGUGAACACAGAUGAAAAGUUCAUCGUUCUUUGCACCAUAUGCGUGUGAAUCGGUGCAAGCGAGCAGUGCGUCCAACGGACACACUGCAGCUCUUGUGUGUGGUCACACAGUGCCAUCUUCUGUUCCGAGCAGAGUCUACUCUUUGGAGGAUCUGGCAAGGACUGAAACUAUCAAGCCAGCGCGGAGGACAACAGAUUUGAGUGUUGAAUAGACUCGUUGCACUAGGGCUCCGUGCACAAGUACCCCCUCAACGGGUACAAGGGGAGAGUUGGGGGAGACCACUGGGAGGGACGAUGCCUGAUGCUCAUGUAAAGACGCUACGGCUUUGUGUACAUUCCGAAUAUAAUUAGCCAUGCAUACUUCAUGCAUGCGUAAGUUUGUCCUCUGGGGUUUCAAAAGCCCCAUUAAAUUCAUUAAUAAUUGUGCUUAUAUAGGGCUUUCCAUCGUAUCAACGAUCUCAAAGCGCUUUACAAUUAUUAACCCGUUCAUCAGGCCAUGGGACC